AACAUGGCGCCCCCCUUGCCACUCGUGAGCUCUUGCUCGUGAGAUGAAGAGCUAGCUAGAACGUUCCAGCGCUUCACGUUUCUGUGUUUAUAGAGGGAGAGAGCUGUAUUUGAGCUCAGAGAGAAACUUUGUCUGUUACCUUUACGUUGAUUUGGAGUCAGUUUAAAGCUGUUAACACCAUGUCAGAAGACAGGCAGACCAGGAGACAUCCCCAGAACCUCCAAGGGGUCCUUCAGCUCGCAGUGGAGGCUGGAUCCGCUGCAGAGGGUCCUGCCCCUCCUGAACCCAUGUCAGAAGAGAGGAAAACAUGGCUGAGAGAAGCUCUUACAGAACUGUGCAAAGGGCAGAUGGAUGAAGUGGAGCAGAUGAAGCAGUGCUUGGCUGUUCUGUGCAAAGAAGGAAGUGAAAGGGAGAGGGGUGGAGAGGAAGAUAGGGAAGAUGAUGAUGAGGACGAUGAGCGGGAAACGGCCUUUGAGAUGCUGUCCGAGCUGUGUGAGAAUCUGGACAAUGCCAGAGACCUGAUGACCCUUGGUGGGCUGGAGUUGUGCGUCUCCCAGUAUCUUAAUCAUGCUCAAAGUGGGUUGAGGUGGCGUGCUGCCCAGCUCAUUGCCUCCUGUGCCCAGAACAUGCCACAGCUGCAGUUCCACUUGCUUAGCAUCGGGGCGCUGCCGAAGCUGCUGCAGCUGACAGAUUCUGACCCAAACCCCACCGUCAGGGUGAAAGCUCUUUACGCUGUCUCAUGUCUGGUUCGAGAGCAGGAGGCAGGUCUCCAGGCCUUCCUGUCCCACGAUGGAUUCUCAGUGCUGAUGCGAGGCAUGCAGUCAGAGAACGAGAAGCUCAGAACCAAGUCGGCUUUCCUGUUGCUCAAUCUGCUGAUGUCGCAUCCCGAACAGAAAGACACGCUUGUUGCCAUGGGUAUGGUACAGCAGCUGGUAUCAGUUCUCCGUACACCGCAUUCACCCGUCCAUGAACAUGUGCUUGGUGCCCUUUGCUGUCUGGUCGAAGACUUUCCACAAGGGCUCAAUGACUGUAGAAAUCCUGCUCUGGGCCUGGAGGAAUUACUCAGACAGAGAUCCAAAGAGCUCCAAGGCAAAGAAGAAAGUCAGGAAGAACUUGAUUUCUGUGAGCGACUCAGGGUUAUGUGUUUCUCCAGGCAGCAGUCAGAUGACACUGGGAUGGAUCGUUGAUUUUCUAAUUCUUUCUUUCUUUGUUUGCUUGUUGUUGUUUGUUUUUUUACCCUGACAUGUUUUGGCAUCAGUAUGAAAAGAUAACAGAACAUUCAUGAGCUGGGACAUGUUUUUUGUUGUUGUUGUUGUUGUUGUUGUUGUUUGGUCUGUUAAGACAGUUGCACAUGAUCCAGUACCUGGAUUUCACUGUGUAAAUAAUUGUACUGUAUAUUGUAAUGUAUAAAACAACUAUUUCAGUCCAAUGUUUGCCAUUCUUAAUAUCUUAACUGUCAUCCCAAGCAUCUCCAUUAAAGGUAGUAUGUAUAGUACUCUAUUUUAAUUGGCAGAACACAAAUGCUGAAUUUAGUUAAAUCUAUUUUAUUUUAUUAUAGUAUGCUUUACUUUUUCAUUUCCUGUCUCUUUUCAGUUUUUCUUGAAACAAAACUCCCAGUUGUUGACAUAAUAUUUAUUACUGUUAAUAAAACAUGGGAUUGCGUGUAUAAACAUACAGUAUAAUGAGCAGUUCACAUCAUGCCACCAUAUGCACAAUCUACAUGUAAACAUGCAUGUCAAAGAAAAUAUUUUGAUCAUUAAAUCACAGAAUAUAAAUAUUA